AUGGCGGCGUCGACCGAUAAGCGGUUCUCAAUCCUCGUGAUCAACCCCAAUACGUCGUCGCAUAUGACGGAGGGGCUCAAGCCCAUUCUCCGCAGUCUCGAAUCUGCAGAUAUCCAAUUCGAUUAUUUCACCGCUCCUGCGAAUGAGUCAGUCACCCUGCCGGAUGGACGCAUCAUCCAUGGCAUACCAAGCAUCAACUCCGGCGACGAUUCGGCGCUCUCAUCGUUGCACUGCUGGCCCUUUGUGGAGCCGCUAGUACCCCAGUACGAUGGCUUUUUGGUGGCAUGCUAUUCGGCCCACCCCCUGGUGAACAUGCUGAAACAGGGCAUUGCGAAGAUGGAAGAGUCCGCUGUUGCAUCAGGAAACCCGUCAGCAGUGAAGGCGAUGAGAAAAUACGUGACGGGCAUUUUCGAAGCCAGCGUUGUGACCUCGCUCUCUCUGAUCAGCUCAUUUCAGCUCACAAACGACCAAACUCUGCACAAGGCGCAAGUCCAAGACACCUUCGGCAUUGUUUCGACUGGCAGUGUGUGGGAAGAGGAGCUCAGCAAAGCAGUCAGGGAGAUGCUCAUCAACUCCAGCGAUGGCUGUGUCUCCACUAGCCGCUUCGCUGGGGUCGCAACUACGGGCCUGACAGCGGUCGAAUUACAUACCACGCCCCCUGAGGAGGUGAGAAGAAGGUUAAUAGACGCCACUGAGAAGUUGAUCAAAACCAGCCCCCGUCCGGUGAAGGCUAUCUGCAUGGGCUGUGCCGGUAUGGCGGGCAUGGAGGAAGCUGUCCGGGAAGGCUGCGUGAGAGCUUAUGGUCCACAGCAAGGCAAUCGGGUGAGUAUCGUGGAUGGCGUGGUUGCCGGGGCUGGGAUGCUGGUUACAGCCUGCAAAGCGAGGUUUUGA